AUGGACACAACUAAUAAUAAUAUAAAUUUUAAUUUAUCAACAACAAUAACAAUGAAUACAACAUUAUCACAAAUUGAUCAAAAUGAAUUUACUCAAUUAACUUUACUUAAAAUAUGUUUAUUUGGAAUAUUUUUUAUUUGUGGUCUUAUCGGAAAUUCAUUAGUAUUAAUUGGUAUUGGAUUAAACAAGGGCAUGCAAACACCAACAAAUUUAUUAAUAUUUAAUUUAGCAGUAGCUGAUAUUUUAUUUAUCAUAUUUUGUAUACCCACAACUUUAUAUACACUUGCAAAUAUAGGUAGAUGGCCAUUUGGAGCAUUUGGAUGUAAAUUAGCUCAAUUUAUUAAUCAUUUGUCAGCAUUCAUGAGUAUCUAUCUAUUAGUGGCCAUGUCAUUUGAUCGGUAUUUGGCUGUGGUAAGGGCAAUGGAUUCUAUUAAAUCCUAUCGUACACCGAAAAAUACAACAAUUUGUAUAACAACACUAUGGCUUAUUGGUGUCACCAUUUCAUUACCAAUUGGCUCCUUAUUUACUGUACUUAAUUUUAAUGAUGAGAAUGAAAAAGAUCCAGCAUUGUAUUGUUUACUAAAGUAUUUACGUACGAACUAUUCUGUAUCAUCAUCAUCGUCAUCACCACCACCACCAUCACCAUCAUUAAUAAAUAGGACGUCACACUAUUCUUCGCGAAUAGUCGAAUAUAAUCCGAUAACAACUACAAAUACGAUGACCGAUGCCCUACCGUAUCAAGCAUCCGUCUAUUGGAUUGGAUUUGUGGUUUUUUUGUAUGCAUUACCGUUAAUAUGUAUUGUAAUCUUGUAUGGUUUAAUGUUAAAAUUCUUACGUGGUGCUCAUGGUAGUCAAGUAAAUCGAUCGAAAAGACGUGCAACACGAAUGAUUUUAGCUGUUGUUUUGACAUAUGCAACAUGUUGGUUUUCAAUGCAGUUAUUAUUUGUAUCAAACGUUAUUUUAUCAAAAAAUACAGCACACAAACACGAAGUAUAUAUGGAUAUUCUUUCAACAUGUGCCAAUGUUUUUGCCUAUUUAAACUCGUGUACAAAUCCAAUCUUAUAUGGUUUUAUGUCAAAAAACUUUCGUUCAUCAUUCAUUGAUUUACUUUGUUGUCGUUAUACAAAACGGCAUUUAUAUUUGAAUAAUGAAAGUAUUCGUCAACGUAUAAAACAAAAUCGUCAGACUAAUCAUCAUCCAUCAUUUGUUUCGCGUUGUUCAAAUGCUCCAUUAACCAAUUUAACAAAUAAUCAAAAUACUGCGAGUCAUUUAUACACACGUCCAAGUAUGGCAGUAACAGAGUUAACACCGAUAACCGAUCAAAAAUUUUCUUCUCAAAUAACUGUUGGUACACAAACGAUAAAAAAUAAACGACAACGAAAACGAAAUAAUAUUGAUUCAUCUUAUUUAGAUUUUUCUUCAACCUAUAAAACACGUAGUCAAUUGGAUGUAAGAGAUGAGACAAGUUGUAGUGUUAUGAUGAACAAUAGCGAUAGUUUUGUGAUAUCAAAUGGGGGAUAUAUAAUCAAAACAUAGAGAAAAUGAGAUGUGUUAAAAAUUAUAAUGGUGCUUUUUUGUUUUCGUUAAUAAAAGAUGAUUGUUCACAUGUUACUGUUUUCUUAUCCUAGGAGCACUUCGAAUGACAACUAUAAAAGAAGUCAAAUAAUUGUGUCGGAUUAUUGAUACUCAUUGUCAGUUUAAAUGAUUUAAUAUAUAUCAUAUUAUCCUUUUCUGAAAACGAGGCGGCUCAACAGAGUGCUUAUCACAUUUGAACGAAAAGUGAUAGAGACAUGCGGUUUCCAUCGUUGGAUAGAGAACAUUGGGGGACGUAAGCGUAUACAAAAACUAGGCUUUCAGGUAAGGUUUACCAUGGUAGGCCUGUCGAUGCAAAGUUUACGAGACCGCCGUUCCUGGACCGUACGAUGGAUUCUGAUUUUCAAACAGUGCAACCGAUAGCACGAACCGAGAUCUACAAUUCUAGACCAGCCUUAACUAUCUACCUCUUACAAUUCAGGAAUUAUAAGCGUUUUCCCGAGCACCCCGAUUUCGGCCAGUUGACCUUGGAUGAUCCUAAAAUGGGCCAAGAUAGGGGUAAUCGGCCACGCUGAGUCGAAUGGUGAUGUUUAUUUUUAGUUUCAAAUCGACCUAAAGUCACUAUAUCAAGAUUUUCAAAUUAAAGCAUGCUACCGCUAUGUUGCGUAUAAAGCGGAUAUUUCGAAAAUCUUGAUAUUGUGACUUUAGGUCGAUUUGAAACUAAAAAUAAACAUCACCAUUCGACUCAGCGUGGCC